GUUGCAGCAGUACUGACGCCUUUGGCACAGAAGUUGCGACGCUGACGCCCUCUACUGUUAUUGCUUAAUAACGCAAUUUGGAUUUUCGCAUCUCAACGCGACGUUAAUAUGGCGGAGCGAGGCCGGGACCAGGCAGAUAAUUUAAUUUCUAAAGUCUCCCAGCUGGCUGACAAUCAUUUAACGUUAGUCCGGAAUAUCAGCACUGGAUUGGCUGUAGCUGGAGUUCUUUUGUUUGCUAGAAGUAUAAGAUUGACAUCAAAAUUCACAAGUGCAAAAGACAUUCCAUUAGAAUUCAUAAAGAAGAAUGUGAAACUUCGUGGAAAGUUACUCAGCAUCACUGGAGACACAUUAGAGGUUGAACAUGUCCCAAUAAGUCUUCCUAUUGUUGCUGCAUUUCAAAGUAAAUUUCACUCACAAGGCACUCUGUUUAUCAGACUUGCUGGAGUAGAACUGACUCCAAGCGGCAAAAUUUGGUUACAGGGACGGCUUCAACCCUCCCAGAUGCUGUGGUUUCAGCUCCUGAACAGAGAAGAUUCAGUACUUGACUGUUUUAUUCUGCUUGAUCGGUUGGGAUUCUUCAGUGACUGUUUGAACACAGAGAUCUUAAGACAAGGACUUGGUAGAACAGUCCAUAUUCCAGGGCUUCAGCAUGCUCAGUACUGGAAGUUUUAUAAAAGGUUGUUACGAGCUGAAGUAGAAGCCCAGAAGAAAGGAAAGGGUCUUUGGAAACAGGAAAACUGGCUUAGGGUCACUUCACAUAGAUACCUCAGUACAAUUAUUAUACAACCGGUCAAAUGCCUCAUUAAAUCAAUAACAUAUUUCUGGAAAAAAAAGUAAAUCUGUAUUUAUUUAUUUGUAUAUAUAUAAUAUAAACCACAAGUGUCUUU